AUGAAAGAUUUGUUAAUUAGUCAAAGGUAUACUUUAGUUUUAAUCAUUUAGGGAUGCAUUAUGGGAGCUUUUAUUGGAGAUGCAGCAGGGGCUUUUCUAGAAUUCAAACGUUCGGUAACGGAUUUUGAAGUAGAGUAAGCAAUGGAGUUAAGAGGUGGGGGGCCACAUAGAAUUGCACCUGGCUAAAUUACUGAUGAUUCUGAAAUGGCACUCUGCAUUUUCCAUGGACUUUUGAAUAGCAAAGGAGCAUUAAAUCUUGAUAAUAUUGCUGGCAUGUAUUUUAAAUGGAUCUUAUCAGGGCCAUUUGAUAUUGGCGUAACCACUAAAACAGCUUUGACACCUUAAGAGAAAACAGCUGAAGGCAUCUUCGAUAGGGUCUCUAGUUAUAAUCAAACUUCAUAAAGUAAUGGUUGCUUAAUGAGAAUUACUCCAUUAGCUGUAUGGGGAUCAUAAUUAUCUAAUGAUGACCUAUACCGAGCAGUGUAUCUUUAAACUUAUUUGACUCAUUGCAACUAGAUAGCUAUAGAUUCAACUUACAUCUAUUGUUUCGCAAUAAAACUUAUUCUAAAUGGGAAGACUGAUAGAUAGACCAUAUUCGAGGAAGUUUUACUAGAGGCUUAAACUAGAUAAAUGAGUAAAAUAGUAGAAUGGUUGAAUGAUUCUUGCUAAUCUAAACUCCCAUCCCCUACUUUUAAUUAAGGUUGGCUGAAAAUAGCUUUUGUGUACUCUUUUCAUUUCCUUCUCUAGAAAAAUAAUGAUUUGAACUCAUGUCUAAAGCAAAUGAUAAUGGGAGCAGGAGAUACUGAUACCAAUGCUGCUAUAGUAGGUGGACUUAUUGGGUCAUUUGAAGAACUAAACAAUCUUGAUUAAAAGCUUGUUAGAAAAAUUAUGGACUUAAGAUUUAAUGGCGAAGUAUAUUAAGGAAUUAAAAGACCAGAUUUUUUAGUUCCAGGAUUGUCACUAAAUUAAAAAAAUUACAAUGAAUUCUUUAAAUAUCUACCCAAGAAACUUGAGGUAAUUUAUAUGAAUAAACUCUACAAAGAAGAUGAAAUUAAUCAAAUUAUGAGAAAGUUCCCACUUGUUGAUUAAGAAGAAUUACCUAAGAAGUCAUUAGAUAAAUGGUUUUGA